UUGGAAUGGUAUCAACCAGCAGAAAGCAAAUGAAAAAUUUUCUGCUUAUGUUGCACAUAUUGUUAUGUGGUUUUGUAUGCUCAAUUUCUAGUGCAAAAGAUACCAUCACUACAACUGACUUUCUAAUAGAGGGUAAGACCAUUGUUUCAUGUGAUGAAAGCUUUGAAUUGGGAUUUUUUUCCCCAGGUAGUUUCGCGAAUAAUUGGUAUGUUGGAAUAUGGUACAAGCACGACAACGUGCCUGAUAAGUCUGUUGUAUGGGUUGCCAAUAGAGAAACUCCACUCAACAAUACAUCAGGUGUUAUGCUGAAAAUCGUUGAUCCAGGACGACUUGCUCUUGUUACUUCUGCUAAUACGAGCAUAUGGUCUACUAAUUCGUUGAGACCUUUGGCUGUGAAGAAUCCAAUUGCGCAGUUGUUGAAUUCAGGGAAUCUUAUCAUAAGAGAUGCAAAUGAUACUAAGCCUGAGAACUUCCUGUGGCAGAGUUUUGAUUAUCCUACUAAUACGCUCUUACCAGGCAUGAAACUUGGUAAGAACUUUGUGACUGGACAGGAAUUUUACCUGUCCUCAUGGAAGAAUGAAUAUGAUCCGGCUCCAGGGAAAUAUACGUAUCAUUGUGAUCCUACUGGAUAUCCUCAGAAUGUCAUGAGGAAAGGUAAAGUUAAGGUGUUCAGUGGCGGACCAUGGAAUGGACUCCGCUGGAGUGGUGUACCAGGAUUGACAAAAAAUACUAUUUAUACAUUUAAGCUGGAUUUUGAUGAAAAGAAAGCAAUUUACAGUUACGCGCUCGUGGAUAAAUCUGUUUUAUCGAAAUUAACCUUGAACAGUCAUGGUAUGCUUAAGCGUUGGACGUGGGAUGAGAAGAUAAAGGAAUGGCAUGUUUACCUGGCUUCACCAGCAGAUGCCUGUGAAAAUUAUGGAGCAUGUGGUGCCUAUGGUAGUUGCAACAUCAUAUUUUCUCCUGUUUGUCGUUGCUUAGACAAGUUUGUGCCUAAAGAUCAGAAAAAUUGGUCAGUGACAAAGUGGUCCGGUGGAUGUGUUAGAAGGACACCCCUUAAUUGCCAGAAUGGAGAUGGAUUUCUCAAGUACUCUGAUAUAAAGCUACCUGAUACACAGUAUUCACGGUUUGAUGCGAGAAUGACACUCCGAGAAUGCGAGAAAGUUUGCCUAAAGAAUUGUUCUUGUAUGGCUUACUCAAAUCUUGAUAUACGCAAUGGUGGGAGUGGCUGUUUGCUUUGGUAUGGCGACUUAAUUGACAUUCGAGAAUUACCUGGAGGACAGGACAUUUACAUUAGGAUAGCUAACUCAGAGUUAGGCUCGAAGAAGAAAAUGAAAGCACUUGUGCUGAGUUUAUCACUGUUGAGCGGAGUGUCUGUCAUUGGCCUGAUCAUAUGGCUGUAUAUUUUGAUAAAGACGAGGAAGAAGAAGAGGAAGAUGAUUCUGAAAGAUGAUCUAGAACUUCCACUGUUUUCCCUAUCAACAGUAACUAAAGCGACCUCUAAUUUCUCAGACAAGAACAUGCUCGGAGAAGGUGGAUUUGGAUCUGUUUACAAGGGAAUCCUGGAGGGAGGACAAGAAGUAGCUAUGAAGAGGCUCUCAAAAUCUUCCUCGCAAGGAGUCAACGAGUUCAAGAAUGAAGUUAAUUGUAUUGCCAAACUUCAGCAUCGAAACCUUGUGAAGCUUAUAGGUUGCUGCGUUGAAGGAGAAGAGAAAAUUCUGGUCUACGAAUACAUGCCCAAUAGAAGUCUUGAUUUCAUCAUAUUUGAUGAAGACAAGAGCUCGAUACUCGACUGGCCUAAGCGCUUCAACAUCAUCAAUGGAAUUGCUAGAGGACUUUUGUAUCUCCAUCAAGAUUCUCGGCUAAGAAUUAUCCAUAGAGACCUCAAAGCUAGUAACAUUUUGCUAGACGCUGACAUGAACCCCAAGAUCUCGGAUUUUGGCAUAGCUAGAAGUGUGAUAGGGAAUGAGACGGGUGCUAAUACACAUCAUGUGGUUGGGACACAUGGCUACAUGUCCCCAGAGUAUCUAAUACAUGGUGUUUUCUCGAUAAAAUCAGAUGUAUUUAGCUUUGGCGUGUUGGUUCUAGAGAUAAUCAGUGGUCGAAGAAACAGAGGAUUUUUCCAUGAAAGUCACAGUAUCAACCUUCUCGGACAUGUUUGGAAACUUUAUAAAGAAGGUAGACCAUUGGAGCUGAUUGAUGUGCAUAUUACAGAUUCAUGUUAUUUUACUGAAUUACUACGGAUAAUUCAUGUCGCUCUAUUAUGUGUACAACAUAGUCCAGAAGACAGGCCAGACAUGUCUGAAGUGGUUGUGAUGUUGGCUAAUGAUGCCAUUUUGCCUGAAGCUAAGGAACCUGGUUUUUACACAGAAAGCAAAUUCCCUGAUUCUGAAUAUUCUACAAGCAUGUAUUCGAAAAACGAAAUCACUAUUACACAGUUAGAUCCCCGGUAAAUUAAAUUUCAUAUUCUUGUAGAUCUUUAAAUGUCUAGAAGCUUGAAUAACAGAGGAGAACAUUUUAUGAGUUGUAUCAUAUUAGGAAAGAAUUUACCUAACUCUUGAAUUAAAAAAAGACAGCCUGGAGCACUAAGCUCUCGACAUUCAU